AUGACAGACAUUGAUCAACUUGCUAUUGCGACAAUUCGUCUUCUUUCCGUGGACCAGGUGGAUGCUGCUCAAUCCGGCCAUCCUGGUGCACCUUUGGGACUUGCUCCUGCUGCACAUGCGGUCUUCAAGAAAAUGAAGUUUAACCCAAAAAACACAAACUGGAUUAACAGAGAUCGUUUUAUCUUGAGUAAUGGUCACGCUUGUGCUUUGUUAUACUCCAUGUUGUGCUUGUAUGGAUACGCUUUGAAUGUUGAUGAUUUGAAGCAAUUUAGACAAGUGGGCUCUAAAACUCCAGGACACCCUGAAAGAUUGGAUGUUCCCGGAAUCGAGGUCACCACCGGUCCAUUGGGUCAAGGUAUCUCCAAUGCCGUGGGAUUGGCUCUUGCUCAAAGACAAUUUGCCGCCACCUACAACAAACCAGACUUCCCAAUCUGCGAUUCGUUUGUGUAUGCGUUCCUCGGUGAUGGAUGUUUGAUGGAGGGUGUGGCUUCCGAGGCCAGUUCCAUCGCUGGUCACCUCCAGUUGGGUAACUUGAUUGCCUUCUGGGACGACAACAAGAUCACCAUUGACGGUGACACCGCGGUGGCUUUCACCGAGGACGUGGAGGCCAGAUACCGUGCUUACGGAUGGCACACCAUUCACAUCAAGGAGGGUGACAACGAUUUGGAAGGCAUUGCCAAUGCUAUUGAAGAGGCCAAGAAGGUCACCGACAAGCCCACCUUGAUCAGAUUGACCACCAUUAUUGGAUUUGGAUCGCUUCAACAGGGUACUCACUCUGUUCACGGUGCUGCCUUGAAGGCUGAUGAUAUUAAGCAAUUGAAGGAGAAGAAUGGUUUCAACCCAGAUGAGAAGUUUAUCAUUCCUCCUGAGGUGACCGCUGAUUACGCCAAGCAUGUUGCCGAGAACCAAAAGAUCGAGAGUGACUGGAACAAAUUGGUUGUUGAGUACAAGAAGAAGUACCCAACCGAGGGUGCCGAAUUGGCCCGUCGUUUGGAAGGUAAGCUUCCAGAAGGAUGGAAAGAUGCUUUGCCAUCUUACACUCCAAAGGACAAGACCCAGGCCACCAGAGCAUUGUCUCAAACUGUGUUGGAGAAGCUUUACCCUGUGAUUCCAGAACUUAUUGGAGGAUCCGCCGAUUUGACUGGUUCCAACUUGACCAGAGCCACCGAGGCGGUUGAUUUCCAACCACCAUCCUCAAAAUUGGGUGACUAUUCUGGCCGUUAUAUCAGAUACGGUGUUCGUGAACACGGUAUGGGUGCUAUCAUGAACGGUAUUGCUGCAUUCGGUGCCAACUACAAGAACUUUGGUGGUACUUUCUUGAACUUUGUUUCUUAUGCUGCUGGUGCCGUGAGAUUGUCGGCUUUGUCCCACCAUCCAGUGGUGUGGGUUGCUACCCACGAUUCCAUUGGUUUGGGAGAAGAUGGACCAACCCAUCAACCAGUUGAGACUUUGGCUCACUUUAGAGCGCUUCCAAAUAUGUCUGUGUGGAGACCUGCCGAUGGUAACGAGGUGUCUGCUGCCUACAUUGCUGCUCUUGAAACCGACUCUCAUCCUUCUAUCAUUGCUUUGUCCAGACAAGGAUGCCCACAUCUCGAAGGAUCUUCCAUUGAGAAGGCUCUUAAGGGUGGUUACACUGUGCACCAAGUUGAGAACCCAGACAUCAUCAUCGUGUCUACUGGAUCUGAAGUUAACAUUGCCGUUGAAGGUGCUAAACAAUUGGCCAACGAUGGAAUCAAGGCUAACGUUGUCUCCAUGGCAGACUUCUUCACAUUCGACAACCAGCCAUUGUCGUACCAAUUGUCUGUGUUGCCAGACGGUGUUCCAAUCAUGUCGUUCGAGGUUAUGUCCACCUUCGGAUGGUCCAAGUACUCUCAUGAGCACUUUGGCAUGAACCGUUUUGGUAUGUCGGGUAAGGGACCAGAAAUCUACAAGGCAUUAGGUUUUACUCCCGAAGGUGUUGCCGACAAGGCAGCCAAGACUGUACAAUUCUACAAGAACAAGCCAGUGGUGUCUCCUUUGAACAAGGCUUUUUAG